UCCCUAGAUCCAACCCUCUCCUAUCUUCUCCAUUCCCAACCCACCAUGUCACCUGCAACCACCGCCCUCUUCCUCCUCCUCCUCCUCCUCUUCUCCACCUCAAAUGCACACAACAUCACACGCAUACUCGCCAAACACCCUGAGUUCUCCACCUUCAACCACUACCUCACCCUCACUCAUUUGGCUUCCGAGAUCAACCGACGCGAAACCAUUACUGUUCUGGCCCUCAACAAUGCUGCCAUGUCAUCUCUCUUGUCUAAACAACUCUCCCUCUACACCCUCAAGAACGUCCUCUCUCUCCAUGUCCUCGUCGACUACUUCGGUUCCAAGAAGCUUCACCAGAUUACCAAUGGAACUGCUUUGACGUCCACCAUGUUCCAGGCUAGUGGCGCCGCUCCUGGUUCCUCUGGCUACAUCAACAUCACUGAUCUCAAAGGCGGAAAAGUCGGCUUCGGGGCUGAAAACAACGAUGGAAAUCUCGAUGCUGUUUACGUUAAGUCCGUUGCAGAGAUUCCUUACAACAUCUCUGUCUUACAAAUCAGUCAGGUUUUGAAUUCAGCUGAAGCUGAAGCCCCAACCGCGGAGCCAAGCAAGCUUAAUCUAACAGAGAUAAUGUCAAAGCAAGGAUGCAAAUCUUUUGCAGAUUUGCUGAUCUCUUCAGGAGCUGAUGCAACAUUUAACGAAAACAUCGAUGGGGGUUUAACAGUGUUUUGCCCCACCGACCCUGUUAUUAAGGAUUUCAUGCCCAAAUACAAGAACUUGACAGCAUCCAAGAAAGCGUCCCUGCUGUUGUACCACGGCGUUCCCGUGUAUCAGUCCAUGCAAAUGCUGAAAUCCAACAACGGGAUUAUGAACACAUUGGCCACUGAUGGAGCAAACAAGUAUGAUUUCACCAUUCAAAACGACGGCGAGGUGGUGACAUUGGAGACUAAAGUUAUGACUGCAAAGAUUACAGGGACUUUGAAGGAUGAAGAGCCUUUGAUUGUUUACAAAAUUAACAAGGUAUUAUUGCCCAGGGAGUUGUACAAGCCAGUGGAAGCGCCGGCUGAGUCACCCAAGCCAUCAAAAUCCAAAUCCAAAUCCAAACACAAGGUAGCCGAUGCACCGGAAUCCGAUGCACCAGCGGAGAGUGAUCCAGCUGAUGAUCAGACGGCAGAUAAUGACAGUGGGGUUGCAGGACUGGACGGUAGGAGAUUGGUGAUGGUGAUGCUGAGCCUGUGCAUUGGGGUAUUGCUGAUGUGAAUACACUGAUAUAGAAAUAUUUAUCAGAUUGAUACAAAUUGUAUGGGAGACAAUACUUUUUAGGCCAUUGGAUAACGAGAAAUGGGUCCUUAUUUCAUGUGAGAGAUUUGAAAUUUUCUUUUUCUUUUAAUUUCUUUGGUGGUUUGUGAGCAAAAGAGCAAUAAGUGAUGAAUCCCACUUGCAUGGGGUCAUUUUCUUUAUUCUUUUUUAUUUAUUUCUGUUUGUCAUUAUUAGACUGUAAUGUAUAGAAUAGAUUACAUUGCAUCUUGUUUGAGCUGUAAAUGCAAUAUUCUUUUUUGUUUCUUUUUUCUAAA